GGAGUUGGUCACUGCUUACUUUUUUUUUCUCCCAUGCCAAUACAAGAAGAGAUACUAUUCAACAAGGCAAUCCAUUUACCUUACAAACGUAUUUAAGUAAGCAUACAUCUUCAACAAAUAGAAGAAUAGUCCCAUCAAAAGAGAGCCUUUUCUUGUCUAUUCUCACACUCUUUGUCUGUUUCAAUUUCAUGUUUCCAACUCUAGCCAUUUUCUUGAUUUUAUUUGCUCAACCUUUCUCUUUCCAUUGCCUAGCUAGAGCUAUCUUCUCUAACCCAAAUUUAAAAAUAAAUAAAAAAAUCUUUUUUCUUCUCUCCCUAUCUAGUAUAUAAAUGGGAAGCUAGAAUGUGUUUUCUUGGAUUCAUUCACAUACGAGGUACACUUUCAAGGAAACACAAAAUUUAAACAUGGGAGAAAGAACAUGGGCUUCCUCCCUUUUGUCCUUGAUUAUGGUUUUUUCUUGUCUAUCCCAUGUUCUUGGAGAGAAAUCUUUAGCAGAUGUUCAUUCACAUGAUCAUCAAAUUAGAAAAAUCCAAGCUUUUAAAGCUUCACUUGUUCGUCGUGAUUCGAUUUCUAAUUCUCCUUCUGCUUCUCCUUCUCCUAGUAGCUUUUCUCCAUCACCAACACCAUCAACAGUGACCGUUACACCAAGUCCAAGAGUAUAUCAUGUAACAUCAUAUGGUGCAGACCCAACUGGGAAACUAGAUAGUACACAAGCAAUUCUACAAGCAAUUUCUGAUGCACUUGAAGGACCAAGUGAUGGAUUCUUGAUGAAAGGUAUUUCAAAUCUUGGUGGUGCUCAAAUCAAUCUUGAAGGUGGGAAUUACUUGAUCAGCCAGCCAUUGCAAUUCCCCAUUGCCGGCCGUGGCAAUCUCAUGAUUCAUGGAGGAACACUAAAAGCUUCUGAUGAUUUCCCAACAGAUGGAUAUCUACUCGAUUUAUCGACAUCUUCAAGCAAUGCUCCCGAAUACUUGUUUGAAUUCAUAACCUUAAGAGACAUAUUACUGGAUUCUAACUUUAGAGGAGGAGGAAUCCAAGUGAUAAAUUCACUAAGAACAAGCAUUGACAAUUGCUACAUUACUCAUUUCACCACAAAUGGUAUUUUAGCCAAAGGUGGCCAUGAAACUUAUAUUAGAAAUUCAUUCCUUGGACAACAUAUCACUGCUGGUGGUGAUAAAGCAGAGAGAAGUUUCUCCGGGACCGCGAUUAAUUUAAUGGGCAAUGACAAUUCAGUUGUAGAUGUGGUGAUUUUUUCAGCUGAAAUUGGUAUAAUUGUAUCAGGCCAAGCAAAUUUGUUAUCAGGUGUACAUUGUUACAACAAGGCCACUGGAUUUGGUGGCACGGGGAUUUACUUAAAAUUGCCAGGUUUAACACAAACAAGAAUUGUGGACUCCUAUAUGGAUUAUACUGGAAUUGUGGCAGAGGACCCUGUUCAACUCCAAAUUUCAAACAGUUUUUUUCUUGGAGAUGCAUUUGUUAAAUUGAAGUCUAUAAAUGGUGUUGUGAAUGGAGUUAACAUUGUGGACAACAUGUUUUCUGGAUCAAAUAAAGGGAUUGAUAUUGUUCAAUUGGAUCAAUCUAAUGGACCUUUCAAGACAAUUGAUCAAGUUGUGGUGGAUAGAAAUAAUGUCAGGGGGAUGAAUCUUAAGGCUACUACUGGAAGUGGGGUUGUUCAAGGGAAUGGUACUUCAUGGACUUUGGAUCUUAAUCCAAUUCUUAUAUUUCCUAACCUUAUUAAAAAUGUUCAAUACACAUUUUUCCCUAGUGGGGACUCUUUUGUUAAUCAUGCUCUGAGAAAUGUAUCGAAUAAUCGGGUUCUGAUCGAAUCGGACGUGCAAGUUCCAGCAAGUGUUUUCGUGAUGGCGGACCAAGGGAAAUGACCAUAUUCAAGCUAACAUGUAUAGGAUCAAGUCAUCAAGAAAAUAAUAAGCUAGGGAUGUUAUAUUAUUAGUUUGAUCUGGUCAUGGAUCAAAGAUGAUUAGAUCUCUUGAAUCAUUCUUUUUCAAGAAAUGUUUAUGUUAAUUACUCGAGCUUUGUUAAUUUCCAGCCAAGGAAAAUCCGAAAGUAUAAUCCAAAUAUGUUUUCUUA